AAGAUGCAAAAAAAUAUUGUUUGGUACUUACCCGCAGUGUAUUACUUCGAUCGUAUAUUUAUUACUUUUUAUUAUAAGCGCUAUAUGUAUAUAUUGAUAUAAAAUAUUUUAAAGAUGUCGUCGUCUCCAUUAAAUCUUUCGUACGUUAACAGAAGAAAGCCAAUUCGCAUGGUUGAAGAAACUAUGGAUGAAGAUAUGGAUAUUAUUGAUGAUGAAUACGAGGAUGAUUCAAAGACAGCGUACACCAGCGAUGAGUAUUCAUCGCAAUCAAUUUAUGAACCGCAGAGUUGCAGAGUGUCUCCUCGCAAUAUAGAGCCCAUAAGUUGCAGCCGUCGUAUUGUGAACAACAGGUCAUCCAGAAACUUGGAGCAUACCUUUACUCCGGAAAGCAGAAACAAGUUUAAUGCAAAACCACAAUCGCAGUUGAUAGGCUGUAGUACGUAUAUAAUCGUGGGUGCCUUAAUUGCCAUUGGAUUACUUGCAUUUGGCAUGACGCAAAAUUCAGAAAAGAAAUGUUCAUACGACAAGUUACGCUUACAAUAUCCAGAGCAGGGCGAUAAAUUAUGGCGUACUAUUUCCAUAAGUAUAGAGCAUAUUAUAAACGGACGCUCAAAAAAGCCUGCUGUGUAUCUUUUUCUACACCAAGGUGGCAAAGCAACACAAAAUCUCGUAAGAGAUAUUGCUGCACAGGCGUCUCACUGUUUCGGUGAAAAAUUUCAAUUAGUCGAGAUGAGUAAAAAUGACUUUACAUCGCCGAGUGCCAUCGCAGACUACGGGUAUGCUAUUGAGAAAUUCAAAAAAAGAAUCGAGCGGGGUCGCGUUGCACUCAUUGUUAAUUUGAACGAGAUACCCGCGGAGGCAGCGCGUGCUUUACACACCAUCUGUGAUACAUAUAGUCCAAUCGCUGAGGAGUUAGUUAUCUUUCUCUCAUUAGUUCCACAUUCGACAAACGGUAAUCCAGUAGCCAACGCCGAGAACACAUUAAUGAAGCUGUGGGGUUCAUUGAAACAUAGUGAUCUUGAUGCUUUAAUAACUCGCGUUACGGAUGAGGUUAUUGCAUUGAAUAGUAUAUGAUAAACGUAACAUACGAAACUUGAAAAUGUUGAAUUACAGAAUUAAUCGCGGAAUUUAUUUCCUACGUGAAUUUUUAUAAAAUUAUCUAAAUAUGUUCGAUAUAAAAAAUGAUGUGAAAGGCUUAUUCCUUCAAGGAAAUAAUUUUUCUGUUAAUAUUUAGGAAAAAUUGGUUGUUAUAAAAACAUUAUUCAUAAACUGUUGAGGAAUGCUGCUGGAGUAACAAUUCUCGGUCGAAUUUAUAGAAAAUGAA